AUGUGGGUCUCUUCGAGACUUUGCACAGGAAUCAGGGUGGACGGAGUGCCAGCUCGUCGAAGAACUCUGUUACAUAGGAUAUGGAAUAGAGACAAACGGAUUGCUCUGUACAAGCUCUCGCAGAAGAUCGAAAAGGUUGGGCAGAGCUAUGUUGAAAGACGAUUCGCCUCGGCGAAAAUCCGGGCAAUCGCGUCAGACGAUAAUAUAAGGUCGCUGACUAUGACAAGUGGAGGUGGACAUGGUGGAGGUGGACAUGGUGGAGGUGGACAUGGCGGAGGUGGACAUGGUGGAGGUGGACAUGGCGGAGGUGGACAUGGCGGAGGUGGACAUGGCGGAGGUGGACAUGGUGGAGGUGGACACGGUGGAGGUGGACAUGGUGGAGGUGGACCCGGUCAUGGUGGGCCCGGUCAUGGUGGGCCCGGUCAUGGUGGGCCCGGUCAUGGUGGACCCGGACAUGGUGGACCCGGUCAUCAUCACGGUGGUCACGAUCAUCAUCACAGCUUCGGUUCCCAUGGCUCUGGUUCAUCAGGUUCUUCGUUUGAUCUUCUUGGUUUUCGACGGCGACCGCAGUAUUCAUGGCCAUCGUACUACUAUUCCAACUAUCAAACGUCACCGUACUAUUCCUAUUAUCAGCCCUACCAGUCCAACCCUUAUUAUCAAUCAACAUACUAUCAGAGAGCAGCUUAUACGUGUGAAGUUCAACGAUUAGCGAGCUGGAGCGGAACUCGACAGGUGUGGUACUGUGUGUGCAGUGGUUCACCUUCCUACCAAUACGAUAGAUGUAAUCAUCCAUACUAUGGAUGA